GGCUCUUCUCCUCUUUCUUGGAAGACAAAGAAGCAAUCGACUGUAUUUUGUUCCUUUGUAUGGCUGCAACCACUGGCAAAUUAUUAUGGCUGAAACGUCUCUUUCAUGAUUUGGGCCUCUAUCAUCUAGAGCCUAUGCACACAUCUCCUACAAGUUACCAGCAGAUAUUGAUGGUCUUGGGGCGUGACCAGUUUCAAGCUUUAGUUCCUAAGUUGGGCAUCACCCAAGUUCAUGCUCCAACUUGAGGGAGCGUAUAGCAGCAUGUGUAAAUCCGUUGGAACAAAUUCUGUUAGUCCAGCUGUCUAAUUGGACUGACAGGUUGCAUUAGUUAGAACACUUGUCUCAAGUCGAUUUAUGUAUCUAUAUAUACGGGACUCUGUAAUAAACACAAAAUACUCUUUCUCUGUUUCUCAGUUGCAUCUCGCAAUUUUAUAGUUGGUUCCGCAACAGUCCGCAGUUGAGCGAGGGAAGAAGCAUCAGAUAUUCUUUUAAUUCUUACUUGGUUAUUUAGCUACGCUGCAAGUUCCAUCUCUCCUUUGGGAUAUACGAUGGCGGUUCUUCCAAUUCUUCAGUUUGAAGAGAAGAUCAUUGAAACGGUGAAGCAAAACCCUGUCGUUGUUAUAAUCGGAGAGACUGGUUCAGGGAAGAGCACGCAGCUCUCGCAAAUAUUGCACAGAAAUGGGUACACCAAAUCUGGAAUCAUUGCUGUCACUCAGCCUCGCCGAGUUGCCGCAGUCUCGGUUGCGAGGCGUGUUGCACAUGAACUUGGCGUUCAGCUUGGUGAGGAAGUUGGCUAUGCCAUUCGAUUUGAAGACAGGACAUCAGAGAAAACAUGUAUCAAAUAUCUUACUGAUGGUGUUCUCCUUCGUGAGAGCCUUUCUGGCCCAGAGCUAAAUCAGUAUUCAGUAAUUAUUUUGGAUGAAGCUCACGAGAGGAGUCUAAACACUGAUAUAUUGCUGGGAUUGAUGAAGCGCUUGGUUAAGAUGCGUCUCUCUAAUCUGAAGGUUUUGAUCACUUCGGCAACUCUGGAUGGUGAGAAAGUUUCAAGAUUCUUCUCCAAUUGUCCAAUACUGACUGUCCCUGGAAAGUUGUUCCCUGUGGAAAUCCUAUACUGCAGUGAGCGUCCUACAAGCUAUCUUGAGUCUUCUCUAAAAACUGCUCUUGAUAUACAUGUUAGGGAACCAGAAGGAGAUGUCUUAAUAUUCAUGACAGGACAGGAUGAUAUAGAGAAGUUGGUAAGAAAGUUGGAGGAGAGAGUGCAAGGCCUGGAUGAAGGGUCUUGUAUGGAUGCUAUAAUCCUUCCACUUCAUGGCUCUUUACCACCUGAAAUGCAGGUACGUGUAUUCUCUCCAGCACCUCCAAAUUGUAGGCGUUUUAUUGUUGCCACAAACAUUGCAGAGACUUCCUUGACUGUGGAUGGUGUUGUGUAUGUUAUUGAUUCUGGAUAUGUGAAGCAACGCCAAUAUAACCCAUCAACCGGCAUGUAUUCCCUUGAUGUAGUCCAAAUCAGCAAAGUUCAAGCCAAUCAGCGUGCAGGACGAGCUGGAAGAACAUGCCGUGGAAAGUGUUACCGGCUUUAUCCUUCCAUAGUUUACCAUGAUGACUUUCUAGAUGUGACAGUCCCCGAAAUACAGCGGUCUUCUCUUGCUGGAAGUGUCCUUUAUUUGAAAUCAUUAGACCUCCCUGACAUGGAUAUUCUCAAAUUUGAUUUUCUUGACCCUCCUUCACGUGAGUCACUGGAAGAUGCUUUAAAACAAUUAUAUCUUAUUGAUUCUAUAGAUGAAAAUGGUUUAGUUACACAAAUUGGGCGAAAAAUGGCUGAGCUCCCAUUAGAACCUUCACUUUCAAGAACAUUGUUAGAGGCAAAUGAAUUAGGAUGUCUGUCUGAGGCUUUGACUGUUGCUGCCAUGUUAUCUGCAGAAACCACAUUGCUUCCUGGUCGAAGUAAAGGUACUGAGAAGAAAAGAAAACCCACUCCUUUGGACUUGCCAGAUGGUUCUGGAUGGGGUGAUCACAUUCAGUUACUCCAAAUUUAUGAGAGUUGGCAUCGAGUUGACUAUGAUUCACGUUGGUGCAAAGAUAAUGACUUGCAGGUAAGAGGUAUGAUGUUUACCAAGGAUGUACGGAAACAGUUAUCUCAGAUAAUGCAGAAAAUAGCAAAAGGGCCUAUGGAGGUACAGACAAAUAAAAGGUGGAAAGAUGAUCAACAAGAUUACAAGAACUUGAGGAGGGCUCUGUGUGUAGGAUAUGCAAAUCAGCUAGCUGAGCGGAUGAUUCAUCACAAUGGUUAUCGAACUAUAGGCUACAAGCCUCAACUUGUUCAGGUGCAUCCUUCCUCGGUGCUCAGAACAGAUGAAGAUGGAUUGUUACCAAAUUAUGUCGUGUAUCAUGAGCUUAUUGUGACUUCUCGUCCAUUCAUGCGCAAUGUGUGUGCAAUAGAGAUGCCGUGGGUCAUGCCCAUCUCGAAGAAGCUUGACAAACUGAAUGUAAAUAAGCUCAGCGGCGGUUUUGAUGCUUUAGAGGAGAGAACAAAUGGAGAAUCACUAGUCUUGGCAAAGAAAGAGACUGAAGUUGUAAAGGCUCUUGAUGAUCGUGACAGUAGAAUACAAGCUGCACGGGAUCGUUUUCUUGCUCGUAAAGCAAAGAAAUAGCCUGAAUUGCUUGUUCAUGCAAUUUGGAAUUUUUGAUGAACUAGUGGGAUUUGGCAUACAUCGGUCGAUCUUCAUUCCCUCUAAUCGGUAACAAGGUAAUUCUCUCUUUGAUGGUUGGAACCAACCAAUCAUACUGGAUGAAUGUUGGAAGCAGUUAGCCUCAGCCUACUUAAUGUGUUCCAGAGAAACAAAGAUUCUCACCAAAUGAUAGAGCUGGACAGGGUCUAAAUCUUUGUUGUCAAGCUGGAUCUUCUUCAUUGAUCUUUCCCAUCAUGAUCAAGGUUUUAAAUUUUGCAAUGUAUCGGCCGAUACGAGCUAAUACGUAUCAUUUCAGAAGAGUUUUGAUACACGGAACAUGUAUAAUUAGAUGGUUUCAUAUUUUUUCGUCCGUAUCAAACUGAUACAAAUCCGUAUAGGACCAUUUUGGGUAUGUAUAGGCCGAUAUAACCCGAAACGCACUGAUAUAUACCCAGGCUGAUACGCAUUAUGUAUUAGUUGAAUUUAGUUUUCUUCUCC